AACAUAUACCUAACAAAUGGUCGCAAAUCACUGCUUUUAAAGGCUGAACGUGAUUGGCUGAGCCGUGUCAGGGCGCGCGCAUGUGCGCGUGCACGUCAGGAGCCGCCUCUCUGUGAAGUGUCAGUAAACGGAGCUUUAUUUCUCUCACACACAGGCGCGCGCACAUACACAUACACACACACACGCGCGCACACACAGCGGCUUAAAGGGGCUUCAUGUCCUCGUGAAACUGAUUUAUUUAUCGCCCGAAUCUGAUCUUUUACGUUCUGAAAAAUCAUCUGAAACUGAACAAACCCCAGAACCCAGUUCGGAAAUGGACUCACUGUGGUCCUAGACACAGAGACAACGUGGACCGACCCGGACAAAGCGAGCCGAGAAGAUGAGCGCGAGCACAACGGCGUCGUGUCGCUUCGCCCAUUACUUCGUGUUAUGUGGACUGGACACGGACACGGGCCUCGAGCCCGACGCCUUAGCCGCUUUGUACCAGUGGCUAGAGGCAGAUCGUCAGGGCAGAGACCCAGAGGCUGAGACUACAGGCGAGAACUUUGACCAGAGUCCUCUCAAAAGGACCUUCAAAUCCAAAGUGCUGGCUCAUUACCCGGAGAACAUCGCGUGCAACCCUUUUGACCAGGAUGCCGUCAACAUGCUCUGCAUGCCUAAAGGCCUGUCGUUCCGCACUCAGAAGGACUCCCUGUCCCCCAAGUUCCACUCGUUCCUCAUCACGCGUGAGGACGGCUCUCGCACCUACGGUUUCGUACACACCUUCUACGAGGAGGUGACCAGCACUCAGAUCCGCUCGGCCAUGCAGACGCUGCACCAGAUGCACCACGCGGAGCGCGCCUCUUCAAACGCCUGCCCUUCAUCCUCCUCCUCCUCGUCCUCCUCCAGCAUGGACUCGUUAACCAGCAGCUCGGACGAAGCCGAGUCUCUGUCGUCCGCCUGUUCCGCGAGUCAGCGUUGUUGCAACUCCUCAAGCUACGACGCCGAGCAGGACACGCUGUACGUCUCCAAAGCGCUGUGCCUGAUCACGCCGAUGCCCUUCAUGCACGCGUGCCAGCGCUUCCUGUCCCAGCUGCACAGGGCAGUCACGGCCCAGCAGCCGCCUCCUCUGCCGCUGGAAAGCUACGUACACAACGUGUUGUACGAAGUCCCGCUGCCGCCGCCCGGACGCUCCUUGAAGUUCCACGGCGUGUACGAGCCCAUCGUGUGCCAGCGGCCAGGACCGGCGGAGCUGCCGCUGGCAGAUUUUCCUCUGGGCGAGGCUUUUCGGCUGCUGGGCGUCGAGAACCUGGUGCAGCUCUUCACCUGCGUCCUGCUCGAGAUGCAGGUUCUGCUUUACUCACAAGAUUAUCAGAGGCUGAUGGUGGUAGCAGAGGGGAUCACUACGCUCCUCUUUCCGUUCCAGUGGCAGCAUGUGUACGUGCCCAUCCUGCCUGCUUCCCUGCUGCACUUUCUCGAUGCCCCCGUGCCCUACAUCAUGGGCUUACAGUCGAAAGAGGGCACGGAGCGCUCCAAACUGGAACUGCCUCAAGAGGCGAACCUUUGCUUCGUGGACAUUGACAAUCACUGCCUGGAGCUGCCUGAGGAUUUCCCACAGUUCCCCAACAAGGCCGAGUUCAUCCAGGAGCUGAGCGAGCUGCUGCUGAGCUAUGGCCUGCGUCUAGAAGGGGGCGCUCCCUCGCCUCCGCCGUCCUCCACUCGGGCACGCGUGACUGGGCCCGAAGCCCUGAGGGACUUGGUAGACGACGGGAGGAACGGAAAUCUGCCGCUAGAUGUUGCGGACCUGCUGCAGGGAAACCCGACUCUGGAGCGCCUUCAGGCUCUAGCCAAGCGCACGGGGGUGAAGGUCGCACGUCUGGAGGAGCUGGUGGCCGGACAGAGGGCUCUGGUGGAGGAGAACAUGGCGGCAUUGAGGACCGGCAUCGAGGAGGAGGAGCUGAGGAACGCCAAGCUAAGCGUGCAGCUGAGAGAGGUGUUUGCUGCUCGCUUCGUCGCGAUGUUCGCCGACUACGAGGCGUUCGUCAUUCAGAACUCGCCAGACCUGGAGUCAUGGCUGUCCAACCGGGAGCAGAUGCACAACUUUGACAAGGCUUCCUUCCUGUCAGACCAGCCAGAGCCAUACCUGCCUUUCCUGUGCCGCUUCAUCGAGACCCAGAUGUUCGCCACCUUCAUCGACAAUAAAAUCCUGUCCCAGUGGGAGGAAAAGGAGCCCCUGCUGCGCGUGCUCGACGGACGCAUCGAGAAGGCCCGCCUCUACAACGUGCGCGCGCCCAGCCUGCGCUCCUCCGUCUACCAGAGGUGCACCUUCCUCGACGAGUCCGCUCAGGCCAUUGAGCAGCGGUUGAUGAAAAUCGACCACACGGCCAUUCAUCCACAUCUGUUAGACAUGAAGAUCGGCCAAGGCAAAUACAAGCAGGGCUUCUUCCCUAAGCUGCAGUCGGACGUCCUCGCCUCAGGCCCGACCAACAAUAACAGGUGGUCUAAUCGCACCGGCACGGCUCAGCGGAGGAGGGACUGGCACAGACCACAGACGGAUCACCUCGGGCUGGACAACGACCUCAAAGAGAAGUACACGCAGGAGGCGCGUAGCCUGGGGAAAAACCUGAGGCAACCCAAACUGUCUGACCUUUCCCCAGCGGUCAUCGCUCAGACCAACUCCAAGUUUGUGGAGGGCUUACUGAAGGAGUGCAAAAUGAAGACUAAGCGGAUGUUGGUGGAGAAGAUGGGUCGAGAGGCCGUGGCGCUCGGGCACGGAGAGGCUAACAUCACCGGUCUGGAGGAGAACACGCUCAUCGCUAGUCUGUGUGACCUGCUGGAGAGGAUAUGGAGCCACGGCCUGCAGGUCAAACAGGGAAAGUCUGCAUUAUGGUCCCAUUUAAGGCAUUACCAGGACAGAGUGGAGAAGAUGGAGCAGCAGGCGGAGUCAUCAGUGUCUCCCGGGCCGGAGAAACGGAAGUCGGAGUCCUCCAUGGGAUUGUCAGUACUGCGCGUGUCAGUCGUGCAGGACAUGAGGCACAUCCAGAACAUGGGCGAGAUCAAGACGGACGUAGGGAGAGCACGAGCCUGGAUUCGUCUGUCCCUGGAGAAAAAGCUGCUGUCUCAGCACCUCAAGCAGCUGCUUUCUAACCAAGCUAUAACCAGGAAGCUGUAUAAGCGGUACGCCUUCCUGCGGUGUGAGGAAGAGAAGGAGCAGUUUCUCUUCCACCUGCUGAGUCUGAACACGGUGGACUACUUCUGCUUCACCAGCGUCUUCACCACCAUCAUGAUCCCGUAUCGCGCCGUCAUCAUCCCGAUCAAGAAGCUGAGCAACGCCAUGACCACCUCGAACCCCUGGGUGUGCGUGUCGGGAGAACUGGGCGACUCGGGCGUCAUGCAGAUCCCGAAGAACGUUCUGGAGAUGACGUUCGAUUCUGCCUUUAGGGCUCACACGCACCUCUCCAUCCCCUUCAAGUGCCAGAACCUGGGGAAGCUGACCACCGUGCAGUUGGGCCACGACAACGCCGGACUUCUGGCCAAGUGGCUGGUGGACUGCGUGCUGGUACGCAACGAGAUUACAGGACACACGUACAAGUUCCCUUGUGGUCGCUGGCUGGGGAAAGGCGUCGACGACGGCAGUCUUGAACGAAUCCUGAUCGGCGAAUUGGUUGUUCCGUGCACCGACGAGGAGACGGGGCGAGGCUCCAAGACCCCGCCCCCUCAGCGCUCGCCCUCACAAAUCCGUCGAAUCAGCAUUAGUUCCAUCACAGGCCGAGGCAGCAAACCGACGACCGAUCAGAUACAGGAAGCCAUCAGCGACGCGGUAAACAGCAUCGUGAAACAUUUUCACAAACCAGAGAAGGAGAGAGGGAGUCUGACUCUUCUGCUGUGCGGAGAGGGCGGUCUAGUGGGAGCUCUGGAGCAGUUCUUCUAUCACGGCUUCCGCACCGCUCGUCUCUUCCAGAAGAGCGUCUUUCUGUGGGACUUUAUAGAGAGGUCGGUGGUGUAUAUGGAGAGUGCUGAUCAGACGGGCGAUCUGCGGCGACCGGCCGAGCGCAUCGGUUCCAGCUGCAACUCUCUUUGUCGCUAUGCCAACGCCAUCAACAAUACCUCACGCAGCUUGGGCAAAGACGGCAAAUUCCAGCUUCUGGUCUGCCUUGGGGCAAGAGAUCGGUUGCUGCCUCACUGGCUCCCCCUGCUGCUCGAGUGUCCCAUCAUCGUGCGUAUGUAUGAGGAAACGGCGUUGCUGCGCGACAAUCUCGCCGUCAACCUUCUCAUCAGCGUCCUGCAUUCUCUGCACGACUUCCGUGUAACUCUAGAGACCUCCCUCACCAAAGGGGUGGAGCUAUAGCCUGACAGAAAUGCCCCGAAUCGUUCUCCUUGUCCAGCUCAGCCUCCUCCUGAUCCUUCUGCCUCUGCUGCUGCUGCUGCCUCUGUUACUGCCGCUGCUUCCCGGGAGCACGACGCAAACGAGCUCCGGAACCAACACGGCGUUUAAACUCCCAAAACCGCAGAGAAAUCAGGGUUCACGCGGAAGGGAGAAAAGCGUUUCGGAGCAGCGUUAAAGAAUCCACUCAUUGGUGUUUUUCAAUUGCUCUGUUUUUUUUUUGUUUUUUGGUGUUUUUUUUUUUUCAAUGUUAAGGAAGAACCUUCUGGUUUGGACUGGUUUCCGAAUGCUGUCGGACAGUUUCCUGUGUUCGUCCCGUGACCAUCCCGAGUGUUUUGAGAAACGUGUCGGUCCUUCACGUGACCCUGCACGAAAGGAAACGACCGGAAAGUAUUAACGUUAGCGGCUUCGCAGAGGUUUAGUAUUAACCGGCUUUGGAGGCGUUUUGUCAAGUCACGCGCGCGUUAAAAGCAGUGCACGGAGGGAAUGACCAACUGGAUCACCUGGAACAUUCCAGCGACACUGAAGCGUGAUUUACGUGAACAGCAUUAGAGGAUGAGGUUUUAUUUUCGCCAGUCAGUAUUAACUUGGGUUGUGGUGAAAGGAAAAAAACUCAACGGCGAACUUUUUAUAUUUAUCAGAAAACACUGGAAAGCAAUAACGUGUCACUUUUCUGUCAUUUCCUGCCCUCGCACGGACAAAAAAACGUUAACCGCUUAAAUGACCAGCAUUUUUUUUUUUCCCCCCCUUACUGUCUGUUACGUUUUUUUUUUCUUCUUCCACUUUUUGAAUGGAAAGUCUAUUUGGCCUGCUGUAAUUUGAGCUCAUUUUCCACAAGUCCUCUAUUUUGGAGCUUUAAAUCUGAACACACACACACACACACACACACACACACACACACGGAGUGUCAUAUCCGUCAUAAGAGAUUGACGUUCAUGAACUCCGUGUACUGAGAACAGCUCCAGGAGUGUGAGUAUAAGUCAGCUGUGUAUAACGAAAUGAUUCGUCACGUGCCGAAGGGGGUGUGAACUCGCGUCAUACGAUUUUGUUUAGUUUUUUAAUUUAAACUCCAGUUCUCCACCUGUGUACGCCCCUCGGAGGGUGCACGUGUGAAGUGAAGUAUGGUUUCUUUCUUUCUUUUGAUGUUCAGGUUCAUUUCUGUGUAUGUGUGUUUUUAUUUAUUGUUUUUCGAACGAAGCUUUUGUGGCACUGGUGAAAGGACGCGCGGUAAGGGCGAGCGGUUUAGUCGCGUCCCGUCGUCCCGUGUUUGCCGGCUCGUUGAGGUCGGGUCCGUCUGCGUGUAAUAUUGCUGUACGUUUAUCUGUGUGAAAAUCCAAUGAACCACGUUUUUUGUUUCUCCAGCAGCCGGAAAACACGAUAGAACACUGGAUCAUUCCCUUUGGCGUUUAAUGCCGUUGCAUGCCCGAGCUGGGGAAUUUUAGCUUGGAGGUUAGUUCGUCCGACUUUACGUUCGUACGUCCGUUCUGAUUCAGAGCUGUGUACCAGGAUCUUAACCACUUUUCUUUCGUUUCGCCCUACGAGUACGUAGGACGGUUUGGUUUCCCUUUCGCGCUUGAUCGCGUUGUGAACGCUUCUCACUGGAAAUUUGGAAAAAGAGAUGCUCUCACGUUCAUGAUGUUAUGUUCCGGAACCUUUCAUUAAAAUCACUGUGUGUUUACACGGG